CUGAAGAAACAAAGACACCUACAUCUUGGAUGCGCUGGGGAGAAUUUUACUGCCAAGGAUGGAACUAUUAAAAGAAAAAUAUUGUCAUUAUGCAGCAUCAGAGUGGGCGGUAGAUGGGGUGGUCACUCUGAUCCAGAAACUAUAUAAAUGAAAGGACAGUAAGGAGAGCAGAACAAACUCCUUACAGGAGCUUCACUCAUGGCCUACGAGACAGAGGAUCAUGAGACUCAAUACUGCUUUCCUGCCAUCAACUCAUCAUGUAUCAAGGGAAAACGCUCCAGACAUGAAUACAAUAUCAUGUAUGUGUUUUUUUCAUUGCUGUCAGCAUGGACUGUGUUUCUGAACCUGCUGGUGAUCAUCUCCAUCUCUCACUUCAAGAAGCUUCACACUCCAACAAACCUGAUUAUUCUCUCUCUGGCUGUGGCUGACCUGCUUACUGGAUUUAUUGUGAUGCCUGUGGAUGCCAUAAAGUUGAUUGAGACAUGCUGGUACUUUGGAGACGCUUUAUGCGCAAUGUUGAUGGCAGUUAUGGCGGUGCUUCUCUCAGCAUCUCUCAGUAAUUUAGUUUUAAUUGCGAUUGAUCGUUAUGUGGCUGUGUGUCACCCUUUACUGUACCCACAGAAAAUAACCACAACUAAAGCCUUAAUGACCAUCUGUCUUUGUUGGUUUUGCUCUUCAGCUUAUAUCACUGCCCUGUCAAGCAGCAACGGACGUUUUGACACAUCACACAAAACAGAUGCAUGUUAUGGAGAGUGUUAUUUCAUGAUGAGUUUUACAUGGAUAGUCACUGAUCUGUUCAUGUCCUUGAUGUUUCCCUGCACCCUGAUCAUAACUUUAUAUUUGAAGAUAUUUUAUGUUGUACAUCAGCAAGUGAAAGUUAUAAACGCUCUGAUGAAGGGUGGUAAAUGUGUAAUGGAAGGUUCAGUGAGGAGGAAAUCUGAGAGCAAAGCUGCUCUGACAUUAGGAAUCAUUGUGGCAAUUCAUAUUCUCUGUUGGUUACCUCUCUAUAUUUUUUCUCUAACAGGGAAUACAGUAAUGUCCUCUGUAAUUAUGAAUUUUCUAACAUGGAUCUACUAUAUUAACUCAGGCCUGAAUCCUCUUAUCUAUGCUUUAUUUUACCCUUGGUUUAGAAGGUCAUUUAAACACAUCCUAUCACUUAAGAUAUUUCAGUCAGCGUCCUCUUUGGUGGACAUUUUUAUAAAUGAUCAUUCAUAACUGCUGAAUUUCACAAUGUAUUUGUUUUUCAGCUUUCAAAAUGGUAAAGCUCACUUUCAAGCUGCACCCUCUGAUAUAAUGCAUCAUAACCAAUAUUACAUGUUACAUUUUAUGUAGGUAAGAACUGUAAAUUUAAUCAUUUUUAACAAUGUGUACGGACAAUUUUUGGUCUCUCUUUCAACAGCUGUGCUGAUGUAGGUGUGCAUGGCACAGAUUAAAAAAAAAAAAAAAAACAUGAAGUGAAAGAAUGGUAACAACUGAGCUGCAUUUUUUUCCCCUAAGGUAUACUCAAAAUGUGCAAUUUUAUAUUUCAGCCUGAAGACAAUAACAUUUCAAAAUAAUCAAAACAGCACUCCAAUGCAACUUCUGAUGAAAGGCCAGAUUAAUUGUUUGUUAUAUAUAUACCUAAACCAGACCCUCCAAACAAAUCAUAUUGAAUAAUAAGAAUAACACAUACUUUUUUAUUCAAUAAAAUAAACAAUCACAGUUAUUUGAAUCAGAGAUUCAUUAGUGAAUAAUUCUCAUGAGUCAGAUCAGUGAAUGAGUUAAUUCAACAACAAAGCUUGACACCAGUGCUAAAACUAGAAACUUUUGUGACUGGAAGAUUACUACAAAAAUUUUCACUCAAAAUUACUAGUAAAUUGAACAGAACAUGUUUUCAAGUAAAGGGUAAACAAUUCUUGUUGGCUUGAAUUAGAAAUGUAUGUGUAAUUUUAAUACCAAUAAUGAGUUUAAUAAAACUGUCUAAAUGUUACAUUAGCAUACAACAUUUUAAAUCAGCUAGUUAAAGGUCCCGUUCUUCGUGAUCCCAUGUUUCAAACUUUAGUUAGUGUGUAAUGUUGUUGU